ACACACACACACACAGACAAACAAACAAAAUCACUAAAUUUGUAGGAAAUUUGUAAGAAAAGCCAGGCAGCUAUUGCAGGGUCCCACCAGACGUAAAAGAUAAUAGCACCGAGGCUACGUAGGAUUAAGAUUAGCAGGACAUUACUGUGUGUAUUGCAUGCUCGGUGUAACAUUUUAAUAUUUAGGUAUUGAGCGGUAUUGUUUCCGAAUAACAUUAUUUCAGUGGCGCGCAGGCUGACACCCUAUUGUUCCAGGACAUUAAACAUUUAAGGCGUAAGCCUGAGGACAGGCCACAAAUGGAGCCAGGGACCUCGUGUGAAAUUCCACCAGCGGCUGUGCGGGAGGAGACCCCCGGGGAAGAGGCGAAUGGAAGACAGGGGAGCACUACGUUGGUAAGGCGCAGAGGAGUGGACGAAGACACGGCGGAGGAGGUGAAACCGCAGCGUAACGAUCUCGUUGACGAUAUCGAGAACCAGAUUGAAAGCAGAGGAGAAGAUGCUGGUGAACACGAGGAGGAACUAGAUCCAAGAAUUCAGGAGGAGCUAGAGCAUCUCAACCAGGCCAGUGAUGAUAUCAAUAAGCUGGAGCUGCAGCUGGAUGAUGCCAGGUCGAGCUACAGGAGGAUUCUUACUGAUUCUGCCCGGAAGCUCAAUGCUCAAGGGUCCCAGCUUGGUGCCUGCAUUGAGAAAGCAAGGCCCUACUAUGAAGCCCGUAGACUUGCCAAAGAGGCACAACAGGAAACCCAGAAGGCAACUCUGAGAUAUGAGAGAGCCGUGUCCAUGCACGCUGCUGCCAGAGAGAUGGUAUAUGUGGCAGAGCAGGGCCUCUUGGCAGACAGCAACACCAUGGACCCAACCUGGCAGGAGAUGCUCAACCAUGCCACUGCCAAGGUUAACGAAGCAGAGGAGGAGCGCCUCCGCAGUGAGCGGGAGCACCAGCGAGUCACACAACUCUGCCAAGAUGCCGAAGCUCAAGUCCAGACUCUCCAGAAAGCCCUGAAGAAAGUCAUCCUCAAAUCCAAACCUUACUUUGAACUCAAGGCUCAGUUCAAUCAUAUUUUGGAGGAACACAAGGCCAAAGUAGUACAACUGGAGGAGCAGGUGGCGAAAGUAAAAACAUGUUAUUCUGUGGCCCUGCGUAACCUGGAACAGAUCAGUGAGCAGAUCCAUGCACAGAGGGGGCAAAUCAAGGUCAGCAGGGGGCACCCUGCAGUCUGUGGGGGUCGGAGCUCCCCUGUGGGUGCUGAAGCUGAAGUCAGAGUUGCCCUUGGAAUUCACGUCGACAGCUUUGUGGCAGUUAGUGGGAUAGAGAGCGACUGGACAGAUGGUGAGAAAACCAGGCUGUGGAUAGAGAGGCACAGAGAGAGUGGCUGGGGCCAGUUGGAGCAGUUGGAGUUGGAGCACUCUGGCUCAGACUAUAUGUCAGUCAUCAGCAUUCAGACCAUCAUCUCUGACCUGGAAAAGUGUGACUCAGUGGAGCACCUGAGUGAUGCUGGGAGCAUGCUAGGUAAGGGGUGGGACUGUGAUGAUAGGAAGCCUGCUGAGGGGCCACUAAGCAGGGUGGUGACCAAGGAGCCCCAGCAGAAGAGGGUCCACCUGAACAAUGGAUCGGUUAGUAAAGAAAACCAGGAGAGCUUCCUCAAGCAGCACCACAGAAGUGUUAGCUUAUGAUCAUCAGCAGAAGGCAGUUAAUGAGUGAGGAUGCUCAGGAGCAUAUGAUUAGAGACGGUAGAGGAAAAUAGAGAUAAAGUACCCUGACUGGAAGGUGGUAGAUGAGCUGGCUAGAAAUAUGAAAUGGAUAGGCUGAUGGUGCAGUUAGGGAUAGCAGGGAGAGUGAGCAGGUACACUAAUGCACACUAAUGAAUCUCUUUGUGACACUAAUAAACAGAAAGCAGUCUUGCAGAGAGCAAAGACCUCCCCUCACACUUCUACUUUGGAGUGUGUGAUCCACAUUCACUGCAAACAUUAAAAACAAUGCUGUUGUUUGAUGGCUGCACCCAUCCCUGUAUACUGUUUAAAAAUGUCAUUCUCUGUGUUUACAUGGUAUCAACUUGUAUCUUUGUUUCAGGGAUGGACAAACAUGUUCCUUGUUUAGAUUGUAAUUACAGAUUAUUACAAUUGUUUUUCUUUUCUUUAUAGUGAGUCAAAGCACAUAUCAGUAGCCACAAACAUUUGUACUGCCCAAGAAAAUAAUUGAAAAUGAGAUCAAGUAAACAUGUAAGAAAUAGUAAAAGCAUUUUACAGCAACAUCUUGAUAAACCUUACAAAUGGAAGAUUUUGAAAGCUACAGGCCCUAUCAUCUACAAUAAUAAUAACACUGCACUACUUUUUGAAACUAUUCUUAGAGUAUCUAGCUUUCGUGUUGUGAAAUCUUUUUGAGUGAAACAGGAUAGGCAGUGAACAUGUCAGAAAGAGAGAGACUAAGCCCAUCAUAUGCUGCAUUUAAUUGCUAAAGCAGUAGACUAUAAAAUACCCUGUACAUAAUCUGAAACUAGGAUAAAUACCACCUUCCUCAAAGUGAAUACAUUUUUUUUUUUACAUUUUAUCCAGCUGGCUCAAAACUGCAAUAUUUUGAGAAAGUAAAACAAGUGUCAAGUGCUUGUCUUGUUUCAAACUACCUAGCUAAGAUUGGCUUGAUGUCAUGAUGUUAUUCAAUGAAAUUGCCUAAUUCAAGCCUACGUAAGCACAUGAUAAAUUUUGUUUUAUAGGAAAGAAAACAUGUUUCAAAUAAUAAAAAGAUAUGGAUUUUUUUGUGUUGGCAUACAGUAUAUUGUUUAACAGGUGCACAAUAUGAACAAAAAUGUGAUCUAAAAGAGUUAAAAGUGCGUUAUUAAUUUAAUAUUGACUUUAAAAAGUUUACGUAACUCAGGAUAAAACUAAUAAUCUCUCCAAGAGUCAAACUCAUUAUCCUUUCACAAUAAAUCUUCUGUAGUUUCAUGAUGAUGUGGUACAGCUCAGUGAUCUGAAUGUGGUAGUAUGUGCAAAGCUGCUAGUAAUGAGACUGAUAAAAAAGGGCUUAAAAUAAUAAACUAAUGAGCUGUAUAGGUUGUCCUUCCACCAGUCAUUUCAGAUACUGAAGUUUAUAUGUCAUUGUCAUUUCAACACUGAGAUACAUCAAACUGUUUCCCUUCUGUAGUUGACAGUAACCUGAGAAGACAUACUAACUUAGACUACGGACGUUUGCCUGCUGUGCCUUCAUAUAGGCAUUUCCUUUUUGAAAAAUAUAUAAAUAUAU